AAGUGGAGAUGCUCCAAGGAGUUGUUGACCGAGCGUAAUGUCUUUAGACUGACAUGUGGGCCCUGCGGCCCCCCAUCCCCACAUGUUCGUCUUCCUCCCCUCGCAUCGAAUCGAACGCGGAGAGAGAGAGAGAGAGAGCGCACCUGGUGUCGUGCUAGGGAUUUGAGUCGGAUCAUCGCGAGUUCGAGGAGAGCGGAGCGGACUGAGCGAUUCGGAUCGCUCUCCACCUUUACCCUAUUCCUCUCCCCCGAUCCCAAAUCAGAUGGUGUUGGUCCUCGCGCUGGGGGAUCUGCACAUCCCGCACCGGGCGCCUGACCUGCCCGCCAAGUUCAAGUCCAUGCUCGUCCCGGGCAAGAUCCAGCACAUCAUCUGCACGGGGAACCUCUGCAUCAAGGAAGUUCACGACUACCUGAAGAGCCUUUGUCCUGAUCUCCACAUUACCAGAGGUGAAUAUGAUGAGGAUGCUCGUUACCCAGAAACUAAAACAGUUACAAUUGGUCAGUUCAAGCUAGGACUAUGCCAUGGUCAUCAGGUUGUUCCAUGGGGCGAUCUGGACUCCCUAGCGAUGCUCCAGCGGCAGCUGGACGUGGACAUCCUUGUCACUGGACACACUCACCAGUUCAAGGCCUACAAGCACGAGGGAGGCGUUGUCAUCAACCCUGGCUCGGCCACCGGUGCCUACAGCAGCAUCACCUACGACGUGAACCCAAGCUUCGUGCUCAUGGACAUCGACGGCCUCCGGGUGGUCGUUUACGUGUAUGAGCUCAUCGACGGUGAGGUCAAGGUCGACAAGAUCGACUUCAAGAAAACCGCGACGAUGCACGGCUGAUGACACCUACAUAUGGCAGAGUUCAGAGCUUGUCUGUUACCUUAAUUCCUUUGUUGACUCAGAGCUCUUUUCCUGUAGUCUUUCGUACUGGUUGUGCACUCCCGCUCGUUGGUUAUGCAAAGACUAGAGCUGUGUUUACAGAUUAGUGAAUGGGAUUACCAGAGGAGUGUGAUGUUAAGUUACUAUUGCCAUUACAUUUGUUAGUGUUAAUUUACAAGAAAAGCGGGUGUAAUGUUGCUUCCGUGUUUAAACAUGAAGUGGACAGAAAGAAUUGAAGAAUGUACAGCAGCUGUGUAUUUUUCAGAUAACUGAAAUUGGCCUUCACCUCUUCUAUUCA